AUGGAUCUUCCUACUCUCAUCGUCUUCGGGCCACAAACACCCUGGCCAUCUGAAAAGUAUCUCGAGCAGCUAAGAGCAACCCUACUUAACGAUCCUCAACUCUCACCACUCGUUCGCGCCACUCGGAAUCUCCCAGAUCUUUGGUUUUCAUUGAUCGACACCGAACCUAGCUUGGCAAAAACUCCUGCAUUGGAGGAUUUUGUCGAGCUUAGCAAUUGGGUGGAAUAUGGGCGCCUCAGCCGCAGAACAGAGGCUGCCCCAAAUAGUCUCUUGACUCCACUGACUGUCAUCAUUCAUGCCGUGCAGUAUACCCAGUAUUUCAGGCGAACCCGAAGUGACGUGUCUCAAAUCGACUUAUUAGAGAGCACAUCACAUGCCGGUAUACAAGGACUAUGCACAGGUUUUCUCACUGCUGCUGCCGUCGCCAGUUCGAAUGAUAUCGACGACUUAUUAGAGCAUAUCGCGGUAGUUCUGCGUCUCGCUGCCAUCGUUGGAGUGUUUGUUAGUUUAAAUGGCAUAUAUGCAGAGUCGGCAAAGGAGACAACUUGCUUUGUGGCGCAGUGGGGCUCAGAACCUCAAUACAUGUCUCUUCUUGAUGUACUUGAACAGUACCCUGCGGCAUAUGUAUCCGUGGUCAAGGCAUCAACACGGGUGACUAUAACAACAGCAAAAGCAACUUAUCCAGCCCUUUCGAAGACGCUUCGCACAUCGGGCCUCAUCAUUAAAGAGAUAGGACUCGAGGGACUUUUUUAUCACCCUGACAAUGAGCAGGCAUUGGCAUCGGCUCUUCGACUAUGCAACUCCAGAGCAGAUCUGCAGCUUCCGACCGCUCGGGGGUUACUAGUGCCGCUGAGGUGCACCUCAGAUUCCCAAGUCAUCGUCGAGGGCUCUCUCCACGAAAUUGCGAUGAAAUCUCUGUUGUGCGAACAGUCCAAUUGGCGCCUUACCAUUGCUGCAGCUACUUCGAAACUAGACCUUGAAAAUGAUAAGCAUGUGCUAGAAUUUGGAUUGGUUGACUGGGAGACAGGUCAGUCAGACGCUUCCGAGCUGUUGCAAUCCUUCCCAGCACAUGCAAUUGCCGUCACGGGGAUGGCUUGUCGCUUUCCAGGAGCAGACUCCGUUGACGAAUUUUGGGAGUUGCUCUGUGCCGGCACGUCUAUGGUCUCGGAUGUCCCUAUAGAUAGGUUUGCAUCAAAAGGGUUACGUCGCUCUCCAGAUGAUACCAAAAUGUUCGGAAACUUCCUCCACAAUAUCGAUUCUUUCGAUCAUAAGUUCUUCAAGAUAUCCCUACGAGAAGCGUCAUCGAUGGGUCCUCAACAGCGACUCUGCUUAGAAGUUGCUUACCAGGCUAUGGAAUCCUCUGGGUAUUUUACAGGCCAAGUCAACGCACCCUCCGUGGGAUGCUAUCUUGGAGUCGGCUCUGUGGAUUAUCAGGAGAACAUCGGGUCCUAUGCACCUAAUGCGUUUUCGGCCCUCGGCAGCCUGAGGGCGUUCAUCAGUGGCAAGAUAAGCCAUUAUUUUGGCUGGACUGGACCUUCAAUUACUUUCGACACAGCCUGCUCGUCAUCAUUAGUUGCCAUUCAUUCUGCGUGUAAAGCACUCAAUGCUGACGGAUGCUGCCGUGGAGAAGGCUGUGGUCUCGUGGUUUUGAAAAGACUUCAAGACGCUAUUGCCACCGGAGAACCCAUCCUCGGUGUUAUCAGCGGGUUUGCAGUCAAUCAAGGCAGCAACACCACACCUAUAACAGUGCCAGAUCCAGAAUCUCAAACGACGCUCUACCGGACAGUACUUUCACUGGCGGGUGUUUCUCUCAACGACGUUAACUACGUUGAGGCGCAUGGCACUGGAACGCCUCGUAAGGAUCCAAUCGAGUGCAAUAUCAUUCGACAAGUAUUUGGAGGCCCUCAAAGAGCGCAAAACCUUCGCUUCGGAUCUGUGAAAGGCAACAUCGGCCACUUAGAGGCCGCUUCUGGUGCCGCGGGCCUCAUCAAACCACUGUUGAUGAUAAUCAAACCACUGUUGAUGAUACAGAAAGGAUCGAUACCUAAGCAAGCCGGGUUCCAGUUAUUGAACCCGCAAAUCACGCCUCCUUUGUCACACGAUAAAAUGGAAAUUCCUCUGGAGACUCUUGCUUGGGACACGGACUAUCGUGCUAUUUGCGUCAACAACUAUGGCGCUGCCGGAAGCAAUGCGGCCUUAUUAGUACCGCAACUACCUACUCAUGCCGUUUUAAACCGCGACCAGAGGAAGUCGCUGCCCUCGAAACAUAUCUUCCAAUUAAUCAGCACAUUCUCCAAAUUCCCUAAUCUCGUCUGCCACUGCACUUACGGAAUCUUAUUACCAGUAGUUGCUUGCCUCUACCGGGGGUCUGAGAAAGAUAGUGAUCUACUUGCGGACUUGUGCGUGGAAGCACUCUCAUCGAAAUUCAUACACACUGACCUUCGAGGCCUCUACAAUAUCAGGCUUCCAUGGCCAGCUCGAGGAAGCCAUCUCUGGCAGGAUCCGGCCAAUUUCUAG